UAACAUUAAAAAGGAAAAUACAAUCUAUAUUUUACCUGGUGUUUCAAGGCCUCAGCUAAAAUCAAAUUGCCAUCUUUCACCGCCAUUUUUUAAUUUCCCAUUUACAAUUCUUUUUGUCAGAUCUACUAUAACAUCAAGUCCAAAGUUACACUCACACUUCGGCUACAUACAGAAAUCCCCGCUGCGCAUUUACGCAUUCUGUAAGUUGAACUUUGAACAUUUUUCACGUGGAGGAUCACUCAAUGGAAAAAACCGGAAUCUUCAUAAUCGACUACCAACUGUUUGUCGAUCACGGAUUAUUAUAAGGAUAUCUAUAUACCUUGCUUCUCAUUGAGUUAGAUUUGAGCGGCGAAAGGAUCAUCAGGAGGGGCUCCAAUGCCAGCCAGGAAGGGUUUAUUGGCUCCCCAAAAUACCUUCUUGGACACUAUUGCAACGAGGUUCGAUGGCACACAUAGCAAUUUUGUUCUUGGAAAUGCUCAAGUAGUCAAGACCUAUCCAAUAGUAUACUGCUCGGAUGGAUUCUGUGAGUUGACGAAAUAUCCUCGGGCACAGAUAAUGCAAAAGGGAUGUGCUUGUAAAUUUCUAUAUGGUCCAGAAACGACAGAAGAUAAUAAAACAUUAAUAUGGAAAAGUCUUGAAAGCAAGACAGAAUUGAAACUUGAGGUGGUAUUCUACAAAAAAGAUGGUGAAAAGUUUAACUGCUUACUCGACAUUGUUCCAAUAAAAAAUGAAAAGGGAGAUGUUGUGCUAUUCCUCGCAUCUCACAAAGACAUAACAGAUACAAAAAUUCUCCCGCGCCGUGACUCUGAUGAUGAUGGAAAUGACGAUGUCGAUCCAGAAGCACCAUCAGCAGACUAUGGCCGAAGACGACGAAGCCGUGCUGUUUUAUAUACAUUAUCCGGCCAUUAUAAGCAAGAUAAACACAAAAUCAAUAUCAACAAGCAAUUAUUGCACUCGCCUGCCGCUCCAUUACCUGAGUACAAAACCUCUGCUGCCGAGAGAUCUCACGCCAUUCUGAGCCAUUAUGGAGGGUUCAAAUCUUGUUGGGAUUGGUUGAUACUCAUUGCUACAUUCUACGUCGCUGUUAUUGUACCAUACAAUGCAAGUUUUGUUAACGUCGGUAGACCUUUUAUGAUUAGUGAUGUCAUUGUCGAAGUACUCUUCAUAUUCGAUAUUGUGUUGAAUUUUCGAACUACUUAUGUUAGUAGAAAAGGAAAAUUGAUAAUUAACGGAAAAAAAAUUGCAGUCAAUUAUUUAAAAGGAUGGUUUUUGAUUGAUCUCGUUGCUGCUUUACCAUUUGACGUUCUUUAUGCAGCUGAUGUUUACAGUGGUGAGGAACCAGGUCAUGGUCACAUUCACCUGAUAAAAUUGACGAGACUACUCCGAUUAGCCAGAUUGCUUCAAAAAAUGGACCGAUAUUCACAGUAUAGUGCUAUGAUAUUGACACUUCUCAUGUUGUCCUUUACUUUGUUAGCCCAUUGGCUUGCGUGCAUAUGGUACGUCAUUGCGGAAAAAGAAAGAUUGAAAAAGGAUAAAGAUUGGAAUUUAGGAUGGAUCCAUACACUAGCGGAACGCCUUCGCAUUGAUGUACAAAAUGUAUCACAUACCGACAGCUAUGUAACAGCCCUCUAUUUUACAUGUAGUAGCUUAACGUCUGUAGGAUUUGGCAAUGUUUCUGCCAAUACUACAUAUGAAAAAAUUUUCUCAAUUUGCACCAUGCUUGUGGGAGCCCUCAUGCACGCUGUAGUUUUUGGCAACGUAACUGCAAUAAUUCAACGUAUGUAUUCGAGAAGAUCUCUUUAUCAUACAAAAUGGAGAGACUUGAAAGAUUUUUUGACCUUACACCAAAUACCAGAAAAGCUGAAGCAAAGAAUGCAAGAUUAUUUUCAAACAACAUGGUCAUUGAAUCAUGGUAUUGAUAUUCACGAAACUCUCAAGGAAUUCCCUGAGGAAUUAAGGGGUGAUGUAUGUAUGCAUCUACAUAGAGAAAUAUUGAGUUUACCAAUAUUUGAAGGUGCAUCACAAGGAUGUUUAAAACUACUGUCACACCACAUACGAAGUAACUUUUGUGCACCAGAAGAGUAUUUAAUACGUAAGGGAGAUGCAUUAUCAUACAUAUACUACUUAUGCAAUGGAUCUAUGGAAGUCGUUCAAAAUAGUAUGGUUGUAGCUAUAUUAGGAAAGGGUGAUCUUGUUGGCUGUGAUAUAAGUAUGCAUCUCCAACAUGGAAAUAAUGGAAGUGGUUUAGUUGGUUCUGGAGGUGACGUUAUUGUUAAAUCGAGCUGUGAUGUUAAAGCAUUGACCUAUUGUUAUUUAAAAUGCAUAAAUAUUCAGGGUCUCGUUGACGUAUUGAGACUUUAUCCGGAGUAUCAGCAGCAAUUCGCACAUGAUAUUGUUCACGAUCUUACGCAUAAUUUGCGAGAAGGUUACGAGGUGGAGGAAGAAGCAGAUAUGAAUGGUAUUCAAUCGCAAACUGCUCUACCAUCAAUAAGUGAAGAUGAUGAGAAUGUUCCGGAUGAGGGGGAAACUUCCCCACUUUCUCCAGCGAAUAGAUCACCUCUUCAUACUGUAAGCCCUCGGCACGCCAAGUUCAGAUGUGAAAAUCGAGAUAGACGAAUGGGAAGAGCUGGAUUACGAGGUAGAUUACAAGUGUUGGGACAAGAACCAAUGGAAAGGAUAGAGGCAACGCAGGUUUCUAGCGUUCAUCAGGAUGUCGUUGCACUGAGCUAUGAGAUGAGAAAUGCAAUUCAAGCACUUCAAGUUUUGGUACGUUCACCUCACAGUAAUCCAAAUUUACCCACACCAGCGGGACAUGGUGGAUCCAACGAUCGUCUUCUUGCUAGAAGUUCGUCUCAUCUACCUGAUGGCCUUUGUUGGGAAUCCCCGGCACGUUUAAUCGAUGUCAGUACACAGACUGAUUGGCCAAUUAAUAUUCUAGAUCAAUGGGUACGGGACAAUUCCCACCGAGUUCUCCACAUUCUUGGCCUUGAUUCACAACUUGUCACUUGUCACAACCCAACGACUCCAGCAUCUCCAACUCCUUCUCCUUCUUCCCCACCUCCACCUCCUUAUGAGCCCCUUAUUUCUCCUCAUGGAAUUACUCGUACUCCGUCACGAUCCCCAAUUGAACAACCUGACUUCUUCCACUCCUCUCCUUAUUCUAAACAAUUCAAUAAUGCUGAGUCAAAAAUUUCAAAAAUUUAUCAAACAUCAAAACCUUAUUGGGAAACUGUCAAUGAACUACCGCAUCGAUUUAGUGCGGGUGAUGCUGAUAAUUCAUCAUCAUUGUAUCGUGCAUUACAUCGCUUGGAAUAUCUUCCGAGAUCGAGAUCCUUAAAAUUCGAUUCUUUCGACAGUUGAGCAUUAAAAUUAUAAUGAUUAUUAAAAUGUUGUCAUUCAUUAAAAUAAGGAGAUAAACAUUGAUAUUUUGCUAUUUAUUCUAUAAAGCUAUAUCUUUAUCUCUUUAUUGUACAAUUUUAUGGCAAAAUUUUAUCUAUAAUUUCAUUAUUCCCAAAGGCCUAUAAUCUUGUGGAAGCUUUGACUGGACACCAUAUAAAAUCUGGUGAAACUCCGCCACAGACAUAAUAAUUAUUCUCGUUGCAAAAAAUGCCCAGUACAAUCUUGUAAUUGCACAAUUACUCUAGAAUUAUUUUUUCUCAUCAUCAUGAUUUAUUAUCAUUGUCAUCCAUACUGCCAUUUUUUUAUUAAUAAUAAUAAUGGACAUUCAGCAAUUUAUAUAUUAUAAUAAUAUACCUACAUAUAAAGCAUAUUUACAUAUCUUUUUCAUACAUAUCGAGCCCUACUCUAUUCAAUGGGAUUUAACUAUAUAAUAACAUGUAUUAUUAUUGUUAUUAAACAAUAAUAAUGGAGAUAAGAUGAGACAUAAGAAAAACAUUAUAAAUCAUCUAAAUACAAUUACCCUCAACUGUAUUAUAUUAUUUGAAACACAUUGAUGUUGUCAAUGUCGAGGGAGCCGUAACUGGGAAAAUCCAAGGAAAAAUCUGUCAAAACUAUCAAUUACAUUGAAUCAGCAGUGUUGUUUAAAAAAAAAAUUAAUCGUGUUCUUACAACAAAAUGAAAGCUUAAUAUAUAUAUUUAUAUAUAUAUAUAUAUAUUUUGUUAAACUUUUUCUAUGCAACCGUCUAAUCACAUUGCAAUAGAGAAGCUCGUAACUUGUGUGUAUGAUCAGAGGGGCCCAUCAUUCUAUAUGCCUCUAAUUAUAUCAUUGAAGAGGUGAAUAAAUUUAUCGUCGUUUAAUUAUUAUACUUGAAGAUAUUGAGCAUAUCCAAUGAUGUCAAUCGAGGUGAAGAAAAUUAUUGAAAGAAUAAAGUAUACUGUGUGUACCUCAUUCAUACAUACUAUAUGAGAAAAAAGAAAAAAAAUGAAAAAAUUAAUAAAAUAUUUAGAGCCAUGUCAAUUGUAAUAAUAAAAGAUCACUUUUGUGCAGGUCACAGUGUGACAUCACAGAGAGCUCAAAGUCGAGAGAUGAGUUUAUACACAUACAUACAUUAUGAUAAGUAAUUGUUAAAAACAAAUUAAUUUCCGAUUGAAAGCUUAUCGAUCUAGAGGUAAUAAUAAGUUGAAGGUUUAUAUUCAUGUUAUUUUACGAAAAUCCUAAUAAGGAAUUUAUAAAACGUUGAGGCAUAUAUAUAUAUAUAUAUAUAUAUAUAUAUAUAUAUAUAUAUAUAAUUGAAUAUUGAGAUGAUUGGACAAAUAAUCUUAUCAAUGGGGAAAUUAUUUAUUUCCAAUGAGUAAGACUCAACAACUCGGAAUCAUCCAAUCAUCCCUAAUACCCUGACUUUUCUGAACAAUAAGAAAUUCAUACAUUAAUUAAUUAAUACAAUUAAUAAUAUUAACACUCUAUUCCCUCCAAUAUGAUAAUUCAUAUGUGCACACAUUAUUUCAAAUUGAAACUUGAAAUUUUCAUCCAUGAAAAUAAAUUAUCAUUCAAGAAAUACAAUAAAUAUAACUCAUACAGAUCACAAACAGCCCGAAAGAAUAAUCCGUUGUACUAUUUUCCACAAUAGUAAAUGAAAAAAAAAUUAUCAUCAUGUAAGUAUGUAAACUAUAAUGAUUGUACAAAUGAAAUGUAAAACACUAUAUUAUAAUCUAAUUAUAUCAUAGCAGUAAAACUAAAGGAAUUAAUGUUGAAUAAAAAUAAUGAGUAAAUUGA